CGAACGGCGAAGACAACGUCUACGAACAUGCGGAGAUUCUGAAUCAUGCUGAGUCCCAAAAUUCUAUCUUGGGGUGAUAUAAAGCAUGAAACUUGACCCUCGAUUGUGUUGCAGCUUCAGCCUUGCUUAUAACUUUAAGUGGAACCUGCACAUCACUCAAGAACAUUAAUAACAUCAUGUGAGCACUGCGGCAGCAUGACCAGUUUUUAAUUGAGCUGAUCGUGGUUAUCGCUGCUCAUCAGUGUCUAUCGUACCCGUGGUCCGCAACAAUUUCCCACUGCCACACAACUCCAAAAGCAUUCAUUUGCAAUGGCCGCAUCUGCCCCCCACAUCGACUUCUGCUUACCUGGUCGCAUCCUUAAUCCUGCCUCGCAGAGCAAGUUUCGCUUGUCCUGUUCCGCUGCAUACAGCCGGCAGUGGAACCCGAGGAAUCUGGAAUUCCCCUGGUACGAGCCAUGGGGAUUGAUUUUCGCAGACUUGGUGGCGACUUCACGUCGUCUUGCUGUGCAUCCCCAGUGCUACUUAUGGUACGACUCGGACAAUGAGCAACCUGGUGAAGUUGGGGAACCUCAGGAUAUGGGUGAUUUGACCUUCGCCUCCAUCGCGAGUUCUACGUGUGCUGUCGAUCAUGCUCUCGUGCCAGAUUUUGCCAUCACCCGCAAGCUUCCUCGCGUGCGUCAGCGCCAUAUCAAUAACAUGUGGGGUUUAGGACGCAGGGUCGCAUAUGUCGGCAUUCCAUUGCUGUGCGAGAUAAAGCGCUCUGGUAGACGCUGCCACUCCGUCACUGAAGCGCUCUUGGAUGCUGCUGGAAUGAUGAAUGUUGCACAGCAUCAGGUUGUUUACCAAGCAGCAAACCUGUUCAGGAUGCGCCCACACCAAGACUCUGUCAUUUUAAUCGCAGCUACGGGAUUUUGGUGGACCUAUCGGAUUGCCGAGCGAGAAACGGUAGGAGUUGCAGGAGCGGAUGUAGAGUUUGAUGGCGCUGAGCCCCUCCCUGGGUUGGAUGAAGACGAUGACCAAGCUAUUGAACAAAACGGCAUCCACCACUAUCAAAGGGAUCAAAUUGACGAUGAAGAUGACAGCUCCGGUAGCGACCCCAUGGACCUCUUCAAAUUUGAUGAGGGCGAUCUGGUAGCAGGGUAUGGCAAUACGGUCAAGCGUCUCACUCCUGAACGCCAUGGCAUAUUGACAGCUGAGGAUAUGGUGUUGUCGAAAACAUGGUCGCCGUAUCUACUCUUGGAGACGCCAGCAUCCAACCAAAUCCUCUAUCUCAUUCACGAGCGCUUAGAGCAGAUACUAGUAGAUCAACAGGAUUAUAAGCGCGGUUGAGUGUACUUCACUUCAAAUAGAGCUCCCCAGACCAUCCCCCCGAUUCUGUGUAGUAUGAUCUCAACCCGGUCCCACAGGCUUUUCCCGUGGUAUCUACAAUUCAGAGAACAAAAGUCAAACUUCCUGAUCGGCCUUGGAGCCGCAUCCGAGUCUUCUUCUCUCCCAUCUUCAGGUCGAAUUAAUGGCAUGGAAAAAUGAACAUGCGGGAAAGAGCACGAGUUUGAUGGUUGCAGCUGAUUGGAGUAGCGGGGGAAUCAAAGCUAAAUUAUCAAUGCGAAAACAGCAACAUUAGUCCU